UGUUUUUGACGUGUUUGCUUCAAGUUUAGGAGUAAGUAACGUGAAGUAACUUUUGAACUGGUACUAGCUAGCUUACAGUUCCUGACCGUUGACGUUACUCAGAGACUAACGAAAUUCAGACGUUGGUAAAAUUGAGUAAAAUUUAAAAGCUGCGGAGUGUUUUAGGCAGCUUUUCUGGUGUCUGGGUGGUUUGUUGUGGUCGUGUGUGUCAUGGUGACACAGGGGUGGGUCUUUACUCUCUUUAGUUUUGCGGUUUUCAAGGCAACCGACCCCCUAUUGUUGAAUCUGCGUGUCUACAGUUUAAGCCAACCUGUCUGUUUGUCCACGAUGUGAAGGUUUGCACAUCUAAUAUGAGGCACUGCAUCCAAAGGCCUCCUGUUCCCCGACACUGAAGGGAAGUAGAUGAGUCUGUAGCUGUACGUCUGAACCUCCACCAGCUUAAACACAUGUACUGCAAAGUCUAAACUUCAUCCAGCAUGGCUUUAGAAGUGUCCCUAACUGCAGAGGAAGAGAAACUAGAAAAGAUGCAAAAGGUUCCUAUGCCUGGUUGAUUCACCAAAGGAGGCAUUAGUUUGGUGGAAAGUGAAUGGAAACGAGAAGAAAAACCACAGCAGGGGUUCCGUUCUGGACCCCUGCCCCGGUCCGGCCUUCACUGAACAGCUCCGACGACGCCUGGGAGGAUGAGGACGAAGGCCAGCCGGCGAGGGAGGAUGACUUUGGGAGCCAGAUGGAUGAGAAUGGCAUCAUUGGACUGUCAGAGGUUUUUGAGGAUGUGGGGUUGGGGGAAGAUUAUGGUGAUGUAGAUCCAGAAGGGGAUCCUGGACCCAACAUUAAAGAGGAGGCGGACCUGAGUGGAAGUAAGAGGAAUAAACCACCUGAGGAGCUGAACUACAACCUGAGUGAAUGUCUGUCCAACACAGAAUCAGCAGGUUUUGACGUGAUAGGUAGGUUAAAAGCCAGAACAGAGGAUAAGAAGAGGUACGGACACCUGGAUAUAACAGAGGAGGAAGAGGGAAAGAGGAAAGGCAGGAGAACUAAUAAACACAGAUAUAAGAGCACACCGGGAGAGCUUGGAGCUACAAAUGGUUUGACAAGAGAGGAGAUCAGCUCAACAUCUUAUAGUCUAGAACCUGCUGGACUCUCCAAUCAUCACUGCCCAGUUUCAGUUACUUCCCCCAGUUUGCUCCAUCUUCUGCAUUUCACCCCUGAGGAAUUAGCUGCUGCACCAGGAAUCGAAGCCGAAACGUUUCCAGAAAUGGGCUUCACAGAAAGUCUUUCAGAAUCUCACUGCAGCCAUAAAAGCCUCAAGUUGAGUCCUCGCCGUUCUGAGAUAAACCUUGAAGCUUCUCCUCAGCCGGAAGCAAGAGUUUCAGAGGAAGUUGUGUCAAAUCAUUACAGGAGAGUCAGUAAAAACCCUGGAGAAGUUUCAGAAAAGUCAGGUCACAAGCAGCCAAGGAGGACAGUGAAUCUCUCUCCAAAUGCUAGAUAUUCAAGGACUCAUGCUGCCAGUACAAUCAGUGACAACUCCGUUAAAUCCAAACAGAGCAGAAAAGCACCUCUGAGCUACCAGACGCCUGAUUUCUCCAAAGUGGAAUCCAAAAUUCGCUUCCCCAAAGGUUCCUACAAACCCCCCAAGAGCCGAAUCUCACACACCGUCACAUCGGAUUCUCUGUCUCCUGAGCCCGCCUUAAUGUUUAAAUCCCCAGCGGACAUCGUGAAGGAAGUCCUGCUGGACACCGAUGGAUCUCCUGCUUCAUCAGACUGUGACAGAUCUCCAGCCGGUGCCGCCAACUCCACUGUGCCUCUGGAUUUUAGGUCCAAGCGAAAUGCCACCACGCUGAUGGAACACCUUCAGGAAGCCUACAACAGUCUGCUGACUAAGUACGCUGAGGCAGAGAACACGAUUGAUCGUCUGCGUGUGGAAGCCAAGGACAGAAUUAUAGCGAACCAGCAGUGCAGGUCCAGACAGUGUCAGGACAUCACAGACAGAGCAGUCAACCUGUACUCAGACCCUCCAAAGCCAGGUCAUUUGGUUCAGGCCGGACUGAACCACGACGCCUCAAAGUUCAUAAAGCUGGAUUUUCCUCAGGCUCAGAAAGCAGAGAUCACGUCGCCUUCUCUUCAUCCAAAUGAACAUAGCUCUCAUCAAGGAAGUUCAGCUGCCUGUGCAUCUCCCAGAAGUCCAGUUCAUCAGCCAGGACAGCAGGUCACCUCUGUUAUCUUCAGUCAGACUGACAAGUUCCUCCAGCAGCUGCAGACUUUUGAGCAUCUCUUGAAAAGUGAGAAACUCAAACCUUUUGAGCAAAUGAAGGGUCUCACUCAGCUGUCUGAGGGUCUCGACUCUUUAGAAAAAGGCUACCUGUUAGCAAGAGAUGAACACAAAGUCCUGCAGCAGCGAGGAGUAGAAAUCAGCGACUUUGACCCUGAACGGGAGCUGGAGGGGCUGAUCUUUCAGUGUGGGCUUCGCAUGGAUGAGCUGAAGGAGCAGGUGGAGCAGAUGAGAUGGGAACAACCCACCUGUGAGGCUCCACCCAUUCCUCAACCCGCCUCCUCAUUUACACUUUCUGCAGCCGCAGAAUCCCUGAUUCAUCCACAGAUCCCUCCUGAGCCUUUGCUGGUUGAUCCUGGUGAAGCAGCACAAAUAGAAGAGAGUUCAGUCAGUAGUGAGAGCGAACUGGAAGAUGAAGAAACUCUGAAUUCUCUCCACCUCAACCCUCCAAAUGUUGAACUCCGAUAUGUUGAGCAUAACUUUUCCAUGCCAGAUCACUACCAAAGCUUCAAGUGGCUUCCUAAACUUCUAGACCACAGUUUAGGGGAAGGACUUCCUCCGUCUGCUGCUUUAAAAACUGAAUUGCAGCCUGAGGACAAGAAGCACGAGACACUGGAUCAAGAACCUGAAAACAGCAAAGUCUGGAAAACUCUCCCACAGAGUGAAACCACUUCAGACCCUCCCGACUCUCCAGCUGACACCGGUAAACAGUGGAGCAGCAGGUCCAGUCCUCCUUCAUACGGCGCCUCCAGUCUGUCCACCCCAGUUCCUCCCAGUAGCAGAAGUAGGUUGGAUCUGAGAAAGUCCCACAGCAGCAGUCUGAGCAGCCUCGGAGAUAUUCCUGCAGAGAGGAUGAGCUCCAAGGGUCAAACUGGGAGCAGGAGAGCACAUUCUCAGGAUGGGAUCAUCUCUCCAGAGAUGGACAGCGGUUUUGUUGGUUCAGAGAGCAGCCGCCUGACUCCUGCUGCAGCUUCCAGUCCUGUCCAGCAGAGGGCAUCAGAGAGCAAUGCUUCAGUGCCUCAGGAGGGAAACUCUGGAAGGCCUCAGACAGGGCUGGUCUCUACUCCAUCUUCAUCAUCAUCACAUCGUCCAACAGCAACAGAGCCAAAAUUGGACUCCCAGUUUAACCCAGAUCAGCCAAGGAGAACCAGACCAGGACGGAGGAGACGAACCUUCUCUUGUUCUCCACAACGUUGGGUCAGUCGGAGAGAACAAACACCGGCCGACGGUGACAGCAUUUUUCCUUUCUCUGCAGCGUCCACUCGCUCUGAGGACUCUGACCACUGCUACAGAUCCAUCGACUCCCUCCACAGCCCCCCCUCCAGCUCCUCACGGGCUGCUCGGUAUCACCAUGGCAAUUCUCAGGCCGCGAACUUCAAUGAUGCCAUCCAGACACUACAGGCUGAAGUAACCAGACUGAAGGAGAGACUGGAAAGCUGUCUGAAGAAUAAGAAACCUCUCAGCUCUGUGCAAGCAGCUCGUUCAGCUCUCAACACCUCCUCACCGCGCAUCAGGACUGUGGAGCAACGAAGAGAAGCCAGCUGUGGAAGAAGAGAAGCUCGGUCACUUGAUGAAGUACAAGAGGAAUCUGUGCUGAGACGAACAACCAGAUCAGCUUCUGCACAAACACAAAAAACACAACAAGACAUCUUGAGAAAAUCCGAGCUGGACUCGUCCUCUCCUCAUCCUCAGGUGUCCAGAUGUCCUCAAACAUCUGCAGCACCAGACAGCAGCUGUCAACACACGACUUCAGUCCGCAGCAGGAGAACACAAACCGCAGCAGAUGAACCCGACAGCAGCAGAAGUCGAGCCUUUCUUUGUCCUCAGUGUUUGUCGGGUCGCAGGGGACGACGAACUGAACGUCCAGCUGGUGGCAUCAGAGAGUCGACUCUUCCCUCCACUUGCUGCCGUCGGUGUCCUCUUUGUGGACGCCUUGAACCGAACACAUGCACUGAGCCAGACUGCCACCGACACUCAGAGUCUCCCGACAGAACGAUGAGCAGGAGAUACUUUGCAGAUUCACCUGAGCUGCUGGAAUACAGGCCGGUCGGUCCAACGCCACUCCUGUUGUUCCCGUCACCGCUCUACAUCUCAGACACCAGAUCUUGCUCGGCUGUCAGAGGCAGGAGAAGACGCUCGCUGUCGGCCGACAAGCUGCUUUCUGUGGACGGUUCCCUGAACAGAGCAAUCAGAGCAGCUCGAAACAUGAAACACACCUCCAGGAACAUGGCUCGAUCUCUGGCCACUAGCCUGCAGUACCAGGAGCUGCUGACUUAAUCCUGCAACUACUCAACUUUAGAACUGAAAACCAUCAGUUCAGCUGCAGAAUGAAGCGUUUACCAGGAGCCAGAACAACUGAGUGAAGGACCAAAGUGAAUAAAACAAUAAAAAAUAUUCUUCUUUGUAUAA